GAGUUUAUUAUACCAGUUAUCUAGUCUUACUGAUAGGAUUGAAUCAGACCAACACAGCAGUGGAUGCAGACUCUGGGUGAAGAUGCGCAAAUCAUGUUAGUGAACCAUUGCAACUGCAAGAUAUUCAGAAAAUACUUUAUUCCUGCAGAUCGAUCAUUUCCUCUCCUGAGAUUUUACAGGAGAGGAACAACUCAAGUAUUUUUUUCUGCUUAUUCACAGAUUUGGGACUUGGAGUGGGAUUGGACAAAUGAAGAGUAAUGGGGCCAGAGUCCAGUUGUUUGUGGCUCCAGAUAUUUUCCUACAGUGGACGAUGCCUUGUGCUGCGGAGGAGGAGGAGCCCGACCAUCCUGUGUGGCAGCUGGACGUCUCUUUCUGCUGUCCCAUCACCAACACAAUCACAGCAGCCCAGAUUCUGUGCCAAUUAAUUGAGGCAACAUGGCUGCCACGCUAACUGCCCAGGACAACCAGGUGGUUCCAGGAAGCCUGCUAACCUCCGGCCCCUCUUACUACGAGAUGCAGUCUUUUCUCGGACAGGGCACAUUCGGAAAAGUGGUUAAGUGCAAGAGACUGGACGACAACAAGACUGUGGCCAUCAAAAUGAUUGAACUGCGGGCCUGUAAUGUUAAAGUUGUAAAUCAAGAGGUGGCUGCUCUGAAGAAAUUGAGAUCGUUGGAAUCGUUCUACCUUGUCCAGUGGUACCAGUCAUUCUUUGACCGAGGACACAUUUGCCUGGAGUUUGAACACCUGGACAAAAGUCUCCUUGAUUUCAUGAGGCAACGAUGUUUCAGACCUCUCUCCUUGAUAGAGGUCAGACCGAUUGUCCAGCAGAUUGCCCAUGCGCUCAACCACCUGAAGGCUGCAGGGAUUGUCCACGCAGACCUUAAGUUGGACAACGUCAUGUUGGUCGAUCAGCUACGGGAGCCCUUCAGGGUCAAAGUGAUCGACUUCGGACUGGCGUUUGACGUGUCAGCUGCCAAGUUGGGUUCCCACAUUCAGACCCUUCCAUACCGGUGA